AUGCGUAUUACCAGAAGUAGAUUUCACCUCAAAGAUGCCGCCGUCUUCAAUGGCCAGUCGUCCUUCAAUGUGCCGCGAGAAGACUUUGACAACCGCAUGGUCGCUCACUUUAUGCAGGAGUUCAAGAGCAAACACAAGAAGGAUAUGAGUGCCAACAAGCGCGCAGUCAGGCGUCUAAGCACAUACUGCGAGACAGCAAAGCGCAGCCUCUCCUCAAGCAUUCGUGUUAGAAAAAAGCCACCAGGUGGAGGCACUUAUGUACGAGCUGCGAUGCAGCCAGUGGAUCCAGUGUCGAGUCGAUGGGAAGAGAUGUACGAAGGGAUGCGAAGCCUAAAACAGGAAAUGGUGAAGAUCAGGAAGGACAUGGAAGGAGAACGGGACACAUGCAGAGAGAUUGCCCGCGACGAUUGCGAUACGGCAAUGUCUCGGAUAAUCGCGCACAACGGACAGGAGCUGCCGAGAGGAGUCAGCAACCGUUAA